GGUAGCAAGAACCGUACAAUCGCGUGUUGGGUAAUUGUUUACAGUACUCUCAGGCCAUGUAAGUAGUCAUGCAAAGUCACUAUGAAUGAUGAAUCACGUGCGCAGGGUUGAAACGUCUUACUGUGCAGUACUGUGUUCGCCUGUCACUCAAUAUUCAGAAUCACUACUAGCACUGAGACCAUGGCGCAUAUCAGUGAAGGUGUCGUGAACAGCAAUGAACUUUCUCACCACGACGACGAUCCUAGAGCAUACCCAUUCCCAUGUGGACAAUCUGCCGGUAGGCGACUCGACUCUGUCUCAAAUGGCUUGAGGCGGUGGGCAACACGAGCCCACCUUGCAAAAAACUCCUGGUAUCCUGCCUACAUAAAGGCCAAUAAACGAUAUGAAGAAUUACUCCUUCAAACUCCUGAAGCCUACCCCUUCCCCUUUGGAGAGCAUAAAGACAAAAGACUCGAUGUACCAGAAGACACCAUCUGGUGGGGUAUUCAUCCUUCACGGUCUGGUAAUGACUGGCAUCAAAACCUGGCGGAGGCAUAUCGUCUUUACUUGGACAAGUAUAAUGGAUAUAGGCUCGAUGAUGUGUACAAGCGUCCUGGUUUCAUCAGAUUUUGUCUGAAACCAGAGCAUAGCAAAUGCCUUUGGUAUUACAAGUUCAAAGACCUAGUUCAGAGGUACAGGAUUUAUCUCCGGACCCACCGACGGCCAUACCACCCCAGAGCAUCUGCGCACGUGGAAAAUCCCACAGGGCAACUUCUUGGAAAACAGAACGAUGGCCGCGGGUCUGUGGAGCCCGACGAUGACUACGAGCGCGAUGUCUUUGUAGUUGAUGAUGACGAGACAAUCUACCAAGAGAAUGGUAGUGAUUUCGAACCAGCCAAUAACACCAACGAUCCCGUGGUGGAUGACGACAGUGAUGGGCACGACGAUGCAGAGCACGCUGACUCUGAGUCCACAGAGAAUGGUGAUGCAGAUCGGUCUGUUGUACAGGCGGAAGGCCUCCCACCCUCUCACGCGAGUGCAAAUAUUUCUCAAACCUCGGGCCCAGAUCCAGAUGACGAUAUACCUCUGGAUGAAUUGCACAACAAAACUAUAAUAAAGCGCCUGUUUGAUGGAAGAAAAACAAAGGUCACGUCUUCAAACAACCGUCGAAGAACCUACCAUUCGAGCUCGGGCGAGGAAACUGACACCGCUGAGCAGCCCCCGCCAAAACGCCUCAGACGCAGGUCCGAACCUGAAGUCCAUGGGCCUGCACAGCCCGAUUCCCACUCUGAUGUAGAGUCCGCUGCACUAGAUGAGCCUGAGACCCCUCAUCGCGAUCAGCUCUCUCAAUCUCUCAGUGCUUUGUCGUUGUCUCAGAAAUCCGCUGGAAGCCCAAACAAUGAUGGUGAACUCCCACACGCACCUCAUCAUGAUACUCGUAUAGCACGCCUGGGGAGACGUUAUCGUGCACCUAUUCAGUCAGAUGUUGAGGAGUGAGGAUUUCAGCGAUGCUUGGUAUAUAUG